AUGCUGAUCCCAUUUUCAAUGAAGAAUUGCUUCCAGUUACUUUGUAACCUCAAGGUCCCAACAGCUGGCUUUAAAAACACAGUAAAAAGUGGGCUUAUUUUACAAUCGAUUUCUAAUGAUGUUUAUCAAAAUCUGGCUGUAGAAGACUGGAUCCAUGACCAUGUGAAUCUAGAGGGCAAGCCGGUUCUUUUCCUUUGGAGAAAUUCUCCCUCUGUUGUAAUAGGUAGACAUCAGAAUCCUUGGCAGGAAUGCAACCUGAAUCUGAUGAGAGAAGAAGGUAUAAAACUGGCUCGGAGAAGAAGUGGAGGAGGAACAGUCUAUCAUGAUAUGGGUAAUAUCAAUUUGACUUUUUUUACAACCAAAAAAAAGUACAAUAGGAUGGAGAAUUUAAAAUUAGUUGUGAGAGCUCUGAAUGCUAUCCAACCCCAGCUGGAUGUGCAGGCCACCAAAAGAUGUGACCUUUUACUUGAUGGACAGUUUAAAAUCUCAGGAACAGCUUCUAAGAUUGGCCGGACUACUGCUUAUCACCAUUGCACUUUAUUAUGUAGUACCAAUAGGACCUUCUUGUCAUCUUUGCUGAAGAGCCCUUACCAAGGGAUCAAGAGCAAUGCCACUGCUAGCAUACCUUCUGUAGUAAAAAAUCUUUUGGAAAAAGAUCCCACUCUGACCUGUGAAGUACUGAUGAAUGCUAUUGCUGCAGAAUAUGCUGCUUACCAUCAAAUUGAUAAUCAUAUUAACCUAAUAAACCCAACAGAUGAGACACUGUUUCCUGGAAUAAAUAAUAAAGCCAAAGAACUACAGACCUGGGAGUGGAUAUAUGGCAAAACUCCAAAGUUUAGUGUAAACACUUCCUUUAAUGUAUUAUAUGGACAGUCAUAUUUGGAAAUUAAAAUAGUCAUAGACAUAAAGAAUGGAAGAAUUGAAAUCUGUAAUAUUGAAGUACCUGAUCAUUGGUUGCCACUGGAAAUAUGUGACAAAUUAAAAGCAGGUUUUAUUGGCAGUAAGUUUUGCCCAAUUGAAACUACUAUGCUAACAAGUAUAUUACAUAAAACAUGUCCUAAAGAUGAUGAACUACACAGUAAAUGGAAUAUUCUCUGUGAAAAAAUUAAGGGAAUAAUGUGA